AAUGCUUUUUAGACAUUAAACGAUCAACAACAUCUUUAAAACGACUCAAUUGAGUAUGAACUCAAUUUAAAAAGACAGAAAACGAAACUAAAAUAUUAAAGUCUCAAUAUUAAGAGAUUUUGAGUGUUGGCUCCCCUCAUUCCAAAAGUGUUGUAAAGAAAGUGAAAAGAAAACACACAGAAAAAGACUCACUCGAAAAAGCUUGGGAUAGGUUGAGCAAAGUGAAAUACCAAAAACAUAAUUUAAGCCCAAUCAUUGUUGCGAUCAUAUGCCGCCGGUUUGAAACGGUAAAAGUCGUAACGACAACGUCAAACGUAACGGACGUGUUGGUAAGCGCGUAGACGUCGAACAAAAGAAACGAAUAAUUGUCGAUAGUUAAACGGAAAUUACAAAAAGAAGCGCAACAGAGAAAAAUUAAAAAAUAAAGCAAAUAUAAAUUUAACCAAAAAUCAAGCCACAACACAGAGCAAACACAAUGAAGUAUUUACAGCUGUUACUGGCGCUGACACUAACGUUGCCUCUGCUAACACACACAUAUCCUGCAGCCGAGGAAAAAUCUCUGCCCCUGGACGACGUUGGAAUUGUGGAUAACGAUGAAGCUGCCAGUGCCAAAGAUUCACAACUGCAAAAACGCUCGGGCAGCACUGAUUAUGCGCUACAUUUAAAAUCCGGUUUGCUGUCUGGUCUGGGCCAUGCUUCUGCCUCGAUAGCAUCCAGCAGUUCGGGGGGUAGCAGUAGCGGUGGUUAUGCAUACAAACCCCAUGGAGAUGGACAUCAUAUACAUGGUCAUGUUGAAUUCGAUCCAUGGUCUUUGAAAAAGACAGUCUUGAACACCAUUUUCCAAGCGGUGAAGGCGAUUACCGGCGGUGUGACAGCUCUUAAGGGUCAACUGAUUAAGGGCAGUGGUUAUGCUCUGAGUGCCAGUGGCAAUUUGGUUGCAGCAUCCGGUGACAAGGUUACCGAUGUCGGCAAGUACAUUAUUAAUUCGGCCCAAUCCAAACUGCACCCCAUACCCAGCGGCCAUGGCGGCAGCAGCCACGGUGGUGGUGGCGGCGCCUUCGCUAAAUUUGCCUCCCUAUCUGGUGCUUCGUCCGGUGGCAGCAGUAGUAGCGGCAAGCCAUCUGGAGGCGGUCACGUUGUGCACACUGAGAGCAUAACCUCUUACGAGAUUCCAAAUGGACACAGCAGUUAUGGUCCACCAUCGAAACCACCAACUUACAGCAGUGCCACACAUCAAUAUCUGCCACCAUCGGGUGGUGGUUAUGGCGGUGGUCAUGUCGCAUUCGAAGAGCCAUCCAGUAACUACUUGCCAACAGCCUAUGGACCAGAUGCGAGCCAUCAGCAUAACCAUUAUGUGGCAGCACCACCUACCGGCCAAGAAUUCAAUAUUUAUGGACGCCAUCAGAAGCUGAACGACGAGGAGGCGCGCAAGGCUGCUGUUCAAUUGCAGGAAAUCUUAAAUAUGCUGCCUGAUGGGAAAACUGAAUACACUGCCUCCAAGACUGUGGCCUUGGAUCCCUCAAGUUUUAAUACCGGUUAUGGAGGGUAUGGCCAAACCGGAUCUGGAGAUCAAGUUGAUUUAAAUUCCCUUGGAUUGCCAACCAAUCUGGGUCAAUUGGAGUCACUUUCUCACACCGAAUCUAUAACGGCUGCAUAUGCUGCUGAUAUUUACCAUCAAAUGCAGAAGCAACAAAAACUCAGUCCCGAAGAAAAGUAUUUGCAAAAACAUCCCCAAGAGGGCUAUGAUUACAAGCCAGCAAAUAAUCAAAAUUCUGGCGGUUACAAUUACAAUGCUCCAACAGGAGCGGGUAAUUCCCCCAAUGAUGCUCUAAAAGAUUUAACCCCCAUCAUCGCAGCUUUGGAGGUGGCCAAACGUCAAAACCCAGCCCAAGCCACGGUUUCGUAUGCUGUGGAGAAGAAUGUCCACAAAGUUCCUCCAGUAAAUAAGGGCUCGCCAUUUAUACCACCAGCUGUUAAGAAGACCAAAUAUAUUUACUAUCCACCCACACCAUCCAGAUAUCAGGAAUUUCACACUAACGAAUAUAAUAAGCCGGCCUAUAACGGUCCCUACAAAGUGAGGCGACACAUUCCCGACACUCAAAUGAUGACACGCCGCAAACGCAAGGCACCUUUAUUCAAGGCCCAUGACUAUGGAAAUCAGGAACAUUUAAUAUACAAUCCCAUAAUGGGGGAGUUUUAGAGGAAAUUUUCAGAGAGGGAGAGAACCCUUUUGUAUUGUAGUGCCUAGUCUAAGUCAAUAAGUUGUACUUUUGUAGAUUCCUGUGUUGCUAAUAUGCAUUUAUUUAUUUAAUUUUUUUAUUUAUUAUGUAGAACAUACUACACAUCUAUCGACGCACAUCUUAUAUUUCAUUAAUAAAUCAUACAUAUUAUUUAUUUAUUUAUUUAAAAA